AAUCCCAAAACAAAAGAGCAAAUUGAAAAUCUGCUGCGAAAUGGGAGGAAUAAAGAGCUCCGGGACCGCCUGUGCCGCAGACUUACGUUUGGGACUGCCGGGUUGCGCUCUGCCAUGGGGGCCGGUUUUUGCUACAUCAACGACCUGACUGUGAUUCAGUCUACGCAGGGGAUGUACAAAUACCUCGAGAAGUGUUUUCCAGACUUCAAGCAGCGUGGAUUUGUCGUGGGAUAUGACACCCGAGGCCAAGUGACCAGCAGUUGCAGCAGUUUACGGCUAGCAAAGCUCACCGCUGCGGUCCUGCUUGCGAAGGGGGUCCCCGUCUACUUGUUCUCAAGAUACGUCCCCACGCCUUUUGUGCCCUACGCAGUUCAGCAGCUCGGAGCCGUGGCCGGCGUGAUGAUCACGGCUUCCCAUAACCGCAAGGCCGCUUCUUCCCAAAAGGUGUACUGGGAAAACGGAGCUCAGAUCACCUCCCCGCACGAUAAGGAGAUCUUGAAGUGCAUCGAGGAGUGCGCCGAGCCCUGGGACGACUCCUGGAACGAGACCCUGGUCGAUACCAGCACCCUGAUGCGAGACCCUCUGCAGAAGAUUUGUGCAAGCUACAUGGAGGAUUUGAAAAAGAUCUGUCACCACAGGAAGCUGAACACACAAACCAACCUGAAGUUUGUCCAUACUUCUUUCCACGGGGUCGGCCACGACUACGUGCAGUCGGCGUUCCGGGCAUUCGGCUUCCAGCCCCCCAUCCCGGUUCCUGAACAGAAAGAUCCGGAUCCGGACUUCUCUACUGUCAAAUGCCCAAAUCCUGAGGAAGGAGAAUCUGUGCUGGAACUGUCCCUGCGGCUGGCGGAGAAGGAAGGCGCCCGGGUGGUGGUGGCCACGGAUCCCGAUGCCGACAGGCUGGCCGUGGCGGAGCUGCAGGACAACGGCCGCUGGAAAGUCUUCACCGGCAAUGAACUGGCCGCUCUGUUUGGGUGGUGGAUGUUUACUUGCUGGCAGGAGAACCGCUCCAAGGGCAGCGACGUCAAGAAUGUUUACAUGCUGGCAACCACGGUCUCCUCUAAAAUCCUGAAGGCCAUCGCGCUCAAAGAAGGAUUUCAAUUUGAAGAUACACUCCCUGGCUUCAAAUGGAUUGGCGGCAGAGUCAAAGACCUCCUGGAUAAUGGCAAGGAAGUCCUUUUUGCCUUCGAAGAGUCCAUUGGUUUCAUGUGCGGCACUUCUGUAUUGGACAAAGACGGCGUGAGCGCGGCCGUGGUGACGGCCGAGAUGGCCACGUUUCUGGAUACCAAGGGCCAAACUCUGGCACAGCAACUAAUGGAAAUCUAUAAGAUCUACGGCCAUCACAUUUCGAAAACCUCCUACUUCCUGUGCUACGAUCCCGCCACCAUCAAACGGAUAUUCGAGAGGCUGCGGAACUUCGGUUCGCCGAAUUCUUACCCCGAAUGCUGCGGGGCGUACAGCAUCUUGCACGUCCGAGACGUCACCACGGGCUACGACAGCAGCCAGCCGAACAAAAAGUCGGUGCUUCCCGUGAGCAAAAACAGCCAGAUGAUCACAUUCACCUUCCAGAACGGCUGCGUCGCCACCCUCCGGACAAGCGGAACUGAACCAAAGAUCAAAUAUUACGCCGAGAUGUGUGCCCCGCCAGAACAGAGUGACCUGGCCUUCUUGGAAGAGGACCUGCGGAAGCUCAUCGACGCCCUCAUCGAGCAUUUCCUGGAGCCCAGCAAGAACGGACUGGUCUGGGGCGACCCUCUUCCAGGCGGCCACGAUUCGGUCCCGCUCUCGGCCGCG